AUGGAAUCUAUGGAUUUAACUCCUAUUGACGGGGAUGGUAGUAUAGAAUUAGGCAGCGGCCAGGACCUUCGUUCAGAAAUUACGUUCGAGGCCCCGACAGCGGCAUUAUGUCCCCAUUGUUACAGACACGUCGGCCAACCUCCGCGAAGACAGUCUCAAAUCCAUCCGCCGGUGAUACCGAAUUCACAUGCUACUCAUGCCGAACUCCAGGAUGCAAUUAACGCGGCAUUGGAAAACCAACUCGGUGAACAAAAUUAUGAUGAAGUGAAAGUGUUGCUUCUCAAUUGGGAAGACAUGUGCUUGAAGAAGUCUGAAUAUGAAUCUUCUAUCCUUGAGCAGACCGUAAAGUUAAAGGAAGUCUUUCAAAAUGACUAUCAUUACGAUGUUGAACAUUAUUUCAUUCCCUCAGUGAACCCUUACUUUCAGCUCCUGAAUGACAUUUCUGAAACCAUAAGGGAUCUCGCCGACAAAUCGGGAAAUUCUAUACAGGACGGUGGUCAACUCAUGUGGUCGGCCCAUAAAGACUGGGGCCCAGCCCUAUCAUGGUACGAUCUUCAAAGAUUACUCGAGACUGCCUUGGUGGACGUUCUUUUGCUUCUAGAUUGCGACCAGUCUAUCGGCCCAACAACGAAAGGCCUAUGUGGCACAAUGGAAGUUCUUGCGGGCAGCAGCCGAGAACACAAAGCCUCAGGGCUAGAAAAAGACUCUAUAUUUGCCUCCUCUUUUACUCACACAUUAGCAAAACAUCUUCGAGAACAAGCUUCACAUUUGCACGGGCUACUAGUAACAGAACUCCAGGCUUUGUUGAGUCUCGAUAAAACUCUGGAAGGUCAGUCUCCGAUUCACGGCGUUCUGAAACGCCACGGAAAUCCGAUAAAAUUGCGCCCACUGCUCUCGAAGGUCGAAGUGGAAGAGACGGCGUCCCGAAAAUAUUGUGCAUUUAAAGCUAGCCGGAGUCCCUUUGUCUCCAUUAGAUAUCGGGGAGAAGGCUAUUCAAAGCCCGUUGCCAUCAAAUCUGAACUGAAGGCUCUUGUUUCCGUGUCGUUUCGGGGGGAGAUUUCUCCACAUCUAGACGACUUUAUCGAGUUGUCGAGCACACAGCGCAAGGGCGAAUUUUUGAAGAUAGAGAUACAAGCUCUCAACAUAGGAGCCGCCCUUGACUGUCGCUCGAGCAUGGUGCUAUUCUCGAUGCCUGUCACCCUAUGGGCCCAUCUCGAAGAUUUACCUGGUUGCUCCCUUAUUGGAUUUGUUAAGACAUGGAGUUCAUGA